AUGGACCCCGGAACCUCUCUUAGGCACCUGUUCCUGGUGCUGCAACUGGUGAUGCUCCCAGCCGGCACUCAGGGGAAAAACGUGGUGCUGGGUAAGGCAGGAGACCUCGCAGAGCUGCCCUGCAAAGCUUACCAGAAAAAGAACCUGCCCUUCAGCUGGAAAAAUUCUAACCAGACCAAGAUUCUGGGGCGUCAUGGCUCCUUCUUGCACAAAGCAAGUGCCUCCAACCUGAACUCUCGAGUCGAAUCAAAAAGAAACCUGUGGGACCAAGGAUACUUUCCUCUGGUCAUCAAGGAUCUUGAAGUACCUGACUCGGGGACUUACAUCUGCGAAGUGGAGGACAAGAGGAUCGAGGUGGAAUUGCAAGUGUUCAGAUUGACUGCCAGCUCGGACACCCACUUGCUGCUGGGACAGAGCCUGACCAUGACCUUGAAAGGCCCCUCUGGUAGUAACCCUUCAGUGCAAUGGAAAGGUCCAGGGAAUAAAAGGAUGAAUGAGGCCAAGAGUCUGUCACUGCCCCAGGUGGGGUUGCAGGACAGUGGCACCUGGACAUGUACCGUCUCCCAGGACCAGCAGACGCUGGUGUUCAGCAAACACAUCCUGGUGCUGGCCUUCCAGGAGGUCUCCAGCACAGUCUAUGCAAAGGAGGGGGAGCAGGUGAACUUUUCCUUCCCACUCACAUUCAAAGAUGAAAAUCUGAGCGGGGAGCUGUGUUGGCUGCAGGCAAAGGGGAAUUCCUCCCCCCAGUCCUGGAUCACCUUCACCUUGAAGAACAGGAAGGUGAAUGUGGAAAAGGCUCGCAAGGACCUCAAGCUGCACAUGAGCAAUGAACUCCCGCUCCACCUCACUCUGCCCCGGGCUUUGCCGCAGUACGCAGGUUCUGGAAACCUGACCCUGGAUCUCACCAAGGGGAAGUUGUAUCAGGAAGUGAACCUCAUUGUCAUGAGAGUGACUAAGUCCCAAAAGAGUUUGACCUGUGAGGUGCUGGGACCCACCUCCCCCAGGCUGACACUGAGCUUGAAGAUGGAGAACCAGAGUGUGAGGGUCUCAAAUCAGCAGAAGCUGGUGACGGUGCUGGGCCCUGAAGCAGGGACGUGGCAGUGUCUACUGAGCGACAAGGGCAAAGUCCUGCUGGAAUCCAAGGUCAAGAUUUUGCCCCCGGUGCUCACCCACGCCUGGCCGAAGCUUCUGGCUGUGGUGCUGGGGGGGAUCACCGGCCUUCUGCUUCUCAUUGGAUUUUGCAUCUUCUCUGUUAAAUGCUGGCACCGCAGGCGCCAGGCAGAGCGGAUGUCUCAGAUCAAGAGACUCCUCAGUGAGAAGAAGACGUGCCAGUGCUCGCACCGGCUCCAGAAGACGUGUAAUCUCACCUGAGGCCCCAGCCAGGAGGAGCUUCCCACCUGCAGCCUCCCCAGCUGGCUCCCCCUGCAUCUCCUGUUGGUCUCCUGGGCCUGCGGACCAGAUGAAUGUAGCCGGCAUAGCGCCUCUGUCUGCC